UAUAGUAUUAUCGAAACACAUUUUUUUUCCACUAAAAUGAAUAAAGUUCAACGAUGUCGGAAGGCAAUUAAACAAUUAUGUUUUGCUUAUAUACCUCAAAUCAAUUUGUUAUUUAUUCGAAAUUAUAGUAUAAAAAAAGAUUUAAAUAUAAAUGUAACAAAAGACAAAAAACAAAGCGAGAAAACAGAAUCUGCUAAUUUUAAAGAAAUUCCUCAAUUUUCAAAAGAUCUCGAAGUUAAAAAUAAUCUACUAACUCCAAGACAGGAUACUUUCGCUUCACUACUUCGAAAUUCUAAAUUCAUAGAUCUAGGAAAUCCAGAAGGAAAAGUAGUAUUGGGAGAAAUUUUUCAUAUUGUUAAUAAUGAUUUAUACAUUGAUUUUGGAUGGAAAUUUCAUUGUGUGUGCCCAAGACCUCAAAAAAACUCAUUACAAUAUAAAAGAGGCUCAAAAGUCAAAUUAUUAAUAAAAGAUUUGGAAUUAUCAACAAGAUUUUUAGGUGCAUCUACAGAUUUAACAAUGUUAGAAGCAGAUUGUAUUCUUCUUGGUUUAGUGUAUACUUCAUCUAACAAAAUGAAAAUGUAGUUAUUAUUUUUUUAAAUAAAGGAGAAAAAUUUAAAGAUUAAGUUA